CCGCCCCCAGCGAUACAGGCAGAGGAGAAGAAGAAGUUUGUAGUUGGGGAGGCGGCAUCAUGGCUCGGAACAUGACCGUCAUUCGCACAACCGCGAGUAGCAGCAACAUUCCCCCGCCGCCCAGCCCCGGGCUGCUGGAUACCGGCUACGCCAGGUCCUACUCGGGCAUGCUGAAAGGAGCGGAGAUGGUGUCGUUAUUAAUAGGAUUCCUUUGUGUGAGGUUCUCCAUCUGGACAGACUACAGUGCAUUCAACUACUUUGAAAUUGUCACAAUUAGCUUCAUGAUUUUAAUCUUCAUAUUUUAUGUGAUCAACAUCUUUCGAAUUUACAGAAUGCUGACGUGCAUUUCAUGGCCCUUAGCGGAGCUGCUGCACUAUGCAAUUGGCAUAUUUCUUCUCUUCAUUGCUUCUAUUGUUGCUGCUGUGAAAAGUUACACCAUAUCAGGAUUGGUAGUUGGAUCGGUUUUUGGGUUUAUUGCGACUUUCCUUUGUGUUAUGGAUAUGUGGCUAUCCUACAAGAUCUCAUUUACAGCACAAUCAACAGGAGCGACAUUAUGACUAUCUGGGCAGCUGCCUAUUCCCCAUGUGAAGUAACAGUUAAUAUGAACAUUAGGAAUGUGACUAUGCUCAAAGCAUCAUUUGCACUGUUUGAAGUUGUUCAAAGUAAGGCUGGAGAGAUGUUGUAUUGUCUGCUUGGAACACGGGCAGCCAAAACUGGCAUUAUAAAGAAGGCAAUGAAAAAAAGACUGUGACAUUCUAUUGGGUUAAUAUGAAAAUGAAUGCAAAUUUGACACAGAUUUCCCUGGCUAUAAGCGAGGGGAAGGGGGAGCACUGUAAAUAAAAAGACUACCAUUUCAUUUUUUUUUUAUACUUUUCAGCUUUUAGAUUUUUAUUAUCAAAGUAUGAUUCAGUGGUCAGUCACUCAGGCUUUUGGAUAAGUGCUGCGAUAUUGUUUUAGCUUUGGCUGGUAGAAUAAAUGUAUAACAGGUUCUCCAAAAGAAGAAUGUCCGACACCGCUGCAUUGCUCUACAUUUUCUAUUACUCUGUGUCCAUUUUAUCUGCUCUGCUUCCAUUCUCAUGUUUUUGAUUGAUUUUGAUUAUAUUCUUUCCUACAAGUGUCUUUUUUUCAUAUGUAAUUUGCUAAUUACAUUAUUUUGUUCAAUUCAUUCAAUUCCUAAUUCAGAAAACAGUAGAAAUGUUCUAUAGCUUUUCUUACUGAUUAAAAAAGGCUGUGCCUUGUUCGAAAA